UGCCUUCGUGUGUGUACUUCACCCACAGACCACAGCAAACCCUGGGGUUACUGCAGGCUGCAUCCCGCUCAUUUCCUGGUUUGUUAUAAUGUUACAGUUCAGGGAAGUGGACACACGCUCUUGUUACAGCAGAAGUCCUCAUCAUCAGCGACGUGUGGAUCAUCUCAUACUGUUUCUUAGCUAGACUUUUUUAUUUUUAUUAUUUACCACAAAUCCACACACGUCCUGUUCUAUGUGCUGUUCGACCAAACCUGAUGUUUUCUGCUCCUUCCUCUUUAAAACAACUUCUCCACCUCAGCAGAUAAACACUGAAGACCUGCAUGUACUUUUCUGAGUAUUUCACUGAGCAUUUGUUUCAAGGUUUUCAGAGAUGGAAGGCUCCGAAAGCGCAAUAAACAGAGUUGGUCGUGCUAUGUGGACUGUUUGGGGUUACCUCACAGGCACUGUAGGAAGAUAUCUCAGACAAGCGGUCACGAACGAAGAGGCCCACAAUGUGCAUUUUAAACCUGAAGACACUGUAACAAUCAGUAAGGGAUAUAAAGAGUUAGACAUCGAGGAAGAGGAAAAAGAAAGAACUGAAGCAAAGACAAGUGAGAGAAAGACGAGAGAAGAUCUGCAGUAUCCUGGGGUUAGCGUGCGGGCCGCUGCUGUUCAGUGGGAAAAGGGGAAAGUUGCUCACGACGGUCAUGAAGUGAAAAACACGAGCAAACACACUUGCGCUAGGUCAGAGUGCCUAGACAAGAAAUCAGAGACGAAGAAGGAUAUUGAAAAAACGUCGGAUAAUAAAAUUGAGUCGAGAACAACUCACAGUAAGCAAUUUACUGAACAAGAAGGUUCACCUGCUUACGUCGAUGCAGACAUAAAGAACCGUGACGGAACAUUUUCUGGAAGUGAGGAAGCUGGUCUAAAUGUUGAGGUGAAUGAAAAACAUCAGGAACAGAGAAAGAAGUCUGAAGAAGAAGGAGAAGAAGCCGUUGGUGAAGUUGCAAGAAGAGUGUAUAAUGAAACUGAAGCAGAACCGAUUAAAACAGAGUUUAUUGAACAAAGCUCACUGGCCAAGGAAGCUGAUCUAAAUGUUGAGAGGAAUGAAAACAAUCAGGUUGAGGGAAGGAAACAGGAAGAGGAACAUGCUGAUGAAAUUAUGAAGAGAGAGAAUGAAACUGAAGAAGAGGCAGAUAAAAGUGAGUUUGUUGACCAGGGCUUAUUAACAAAGGAAGCUGAUCUAAAUGUUGUGAGGAGUGAAAGCAGUCUGGAGCAGAUAAGGAAACCGGAAGAGGAAAAGGAAGAGGAAGGUGCUGAUGAAAUAAUGUGGAGUGAGAAUGAUGAAACUGAAGAAGAACUGAUUAAAAAUGAGUUUAUUGAACAAGGCUUACUGGCCAAGGAAGCUGAUCUAAAUGUUGAGGGGAAUGAAAACAAUCAGGAGCAGAGGAAGAAUCUGGAAGAGGAAGAGGAAGGUGUUGAUGAAAUAAUGAGGAGCGAGAAUGAUGAAACUGGAGAAGAACUAAUUAAAAACGAGUUGAUUGAACAAGGCUUACUGGCCAAGGAAGCUGAUCUAAAUGUUGAGGUGAAAGAAAAACAUCAGGAACAGAGAAAGAAAUCUAUAGAAGAAGAAGAAGGUGUUGAUGAAAUUGCAAGAAGAGUGUGUGAUGAAACUGAACCAGAACCGAUUAAAACAGAGUUUAUUGAACAAAGCUCACUGACCAAGGAAGCUGAUCUAAAUGUUGAGAGGAAUGAAAACAAUCAGGAGCAGAGGAAGAAUCUGGAAGAGGAAGAGGAAGGUGCUGAUGAAAUAAUGUGGAUUGAGAAUGAUGAAAUUGGAGAAGAACUGAUUAAAAAUGAUUUUAUUGAACAAGGCUUACUCGCCAAGGAAGCUGAUCUAAAUGUUGAGGUGAAAGAAAAACAUCAGGAACAGAGAAAGAAAUGUGAAGAAGAGGAGGAAGAAGAAGAAGAAGAAGGUGUUGGUGAAAUUGCAAGAAGAGUGUAUAAUGAAACUGAAGCAGAACCGAUUAAAACAGAGUUUAUUGAACAAAGCUCACUGGCCAAGGAAGCUGAUCUAAAUGUUGAGAGGAAUGAAAACAAUCAGGCUGAGGGAAGGAAACAGGAAGAUGAACAUGUUGAUGAAAUUAUGAAGAGAGAGAAUAAUGAAAUUGAAGAAGAAGCAGAUAAAAGUGAGUUUGUUGACCAGGGCUUAUUAACAAAGGAAGCUGAUCUAAAUGUUGAGAGGGGUGAAAGCAGUCUGGAGCAGAUAAGGAAACCGGAAGAGGAAGAGGAAGGUGCUGAUGAAAUAAUCAGGAGAGUGUAUGAUGAAACUGAAGAAGAACUGAUUAAAAACAAGUUUAUUGAACAAGGCUUACUGUCAACGGAUGUUGAUCUAAAUGUUGAGGGGAAUGAAAACAAUCAGGAGCAGGGAAGGAAAUCUGAAGAAGAAGAAGGUGUUGAUGAAAUCUCAAGGAGAGAGUAUGAUGAAACUGAAGAAGAACUGAUUGAAAGUGAGUUUAUUGAACAAAGCUCACUGGCCAAGGAAGCUGAUCUAAAUGUUGAGGAUAGUGAAAGCAGCCUGGAGCAGAUAAGGAAACCGGAAGAAGAAGAUGUUGAUGAAAUCCCAAGAAGAGUGUAUGGUGAAACUAAAGAUGAACGUAUUAAGCGUAAGUUUAUUGAACAAGGCUUACUGUCAACGGAUGUUGAUCUAAAUGUUGAGGGGAAUGAAAACAGUCAGGAGCAGGGAAGGAAAUCUGAAGAAGAAGAAGAAGAAGAAGGUGUUGAUGAAAUCUCGAGGAGAGAGUAUGAUGAAACUGAAGAAGAACUGAUUGAAAGUGAGUUUAUUGAACAAGGCUUACUGUCAACGGAUGUUGAUCUAAAUGUUGAGGAGAAUGAAAACAGCCAGGAGCAGGGAAGGAAAUCUGAUGAAGAAGAAGAAGGUGUUGAUGAAAUCCCAAGAAGAGUGUAUGAUGAAACUGAAGCAGAACUGAUUAAAACUGAGUUUAUUGAACAAGGCUUACUGGCCAAGGAAGCUGAUCUAAAUGUUGAGAGGAAUGAAAACAAUCAGGAGCAGAGAAAGAAACAGGAAAAGGAAGAAGUAGUUGUUGAAAUAAUGAGGAGAGAGAAUAAUGAAACUGAAGAAGAACUGAUUAAAAGCAAGUUCAUUGAACAAAGCUCACUGGCCAAGGAAGCUGAUCUAAAUGUUGAGGAUAGUGAAAGCAGCCUGGAGCAGAUAAGGAAACUGGAAGAGGAAGAAGAUGAUGUUGAUGAAAUAAUGAGAGAGAAUGAUGAAACUGAAGAAGAACUGAUUAAAAGCAAGUUCAUUGAACAAGACUUACAGGCCAAGGAAGCUGAUCUAAACGUUGAGAGGAAUGAAAACAGUCAGGAGCAGGGAAGGAAACAGGAAGAGGAACAUGCUGAUGAAAUCUUGAGGAGAGAGAUUGAUGAAACUGAAGAAGAAGCAGAUAAAAUUGAGUUUGUUGACCAGGGCUUAUUAACAAAGCAUGCUGAUCUAAAUGUUGAGAGGAGUGAAAACAAUCAGGAGCAGAUAAAGAAAUCUGAAGAAGACGAGGAAGCUGUUGAUGAAAUCCCAAGAAGAGUGUAUGAUGAAACUGAAGAUGAACGUAUUAAGCGUGAGUUUAUUGAACAAGGCUUACUGUCAACGGAUGUUGAUCUAAAUGUUGAGGGGAAUGAAAACAGUCAGGAGCAGAGGAAGAAUCUGGAAGAGGAAGGUGUUGGUGAAAUCUCGAGGAGAGAGUAUAAUGAAACUGAAGAGGAACCAAUUAAAUGCAAGUUUAUUGACCAUGACUUAGACCCUGAAGAACAGGCAAGUGUGAGUGAUGUGGGAGAUACAGCAGUGGUCCAGGUGCUCUCAGUGGAGAAAAUAAUGGAAUGUGUUAAUUAUCAGCAUAAAAAUGAGCUAAAUGUUGUCGAACAACUCAAUCAUGUACCUACCGAGCAUGAGGAUGCAGUGGGUAAAUCACAAAUGGAGGAUGAUGGUUUGUUUAUUCAGCUGGCCUCAACAUGCGAAGGGAGGGACCCUGUAAACGAUGGCCUCAAGCUGGAGGUAGAAAUGACUGAAAAUGCCACACUGUUGCAAGAAAAGGAAGUGAUUGAAGUCGACAAUGAGGAAACAAGGCAAGAGACUGUGGGAAAAGAGAAGGAUGGAUAUCAUGAAGAGAUCUCGGCAUGUGAGCAGUUCACAGGCACUAACAUUGCUGAAGAAGUCUAUGACAAGGAAAUGAAAGAAACUUUGGAACAAAUUGAAGUUAUUGACAGAAAUGAGGAGAUUGAAUGCAAACUAUUUGAGACAGCUAAGAUAGAAAAUGCAGAAAUAUGCAAAAAAGUGUCUGAGCCUUGCAGGAUGUUUGAAGAUGAGGACAAUAAUUUGGCUGUUACAAUGAAAUUACAGCAAAGUAAAGAGCAAAAAGCGACAUCAGAUGAGGCCCUGAAUGUAGAUCUCAGGCAGUUAGAUGAUACAGUACACGAUCGCAAUGCAUCACAACAACGAGAGGUGGUGACUAAACAAGAUGUCGAGGGUGACAUUACACGUAUAGAAACAAAGACCGGAAACCAAAUGGAAACUGUUGAAACCACAUCAAAAUUCAAAGCAGAAGUUGCUAUAGUGGAUGUGAAGAAAUCAGCUGAGAGAGAGACUAGCUUUCAUGUUCAGCCCAUAGAUAGAGAAGAGGUGGCUGUACAGGAAAUAAUGGGCCAGUGCUUCCUUCAACAAGGGUCUUGGCUAGAAGAAUCAGCUGAUAAACGAAGAAUAAACGAAUUGAGUUUACCGGAAGCACCAUUUACUGAAAUAACGUCAGUUCCUCUCAAGCAAUUAGAUGAAACUGCAGUUGAGUCUGUUGAUGAAUUGCAAAGUUCUUCACUGCAGGAACUGGAUGAGUUCUCCAGUGAAGCUGAACGUAAAGUGGAAGCAAAGUCCAGCUCUCCUGAACAGACAGCUGAAGGGUCUGAAACACUGAGUGAAGUAGCAGGAACGAGCAGGGGCGAACUGAAAUGCGAGCGAGCUCAACCCGAAUGUGAAAUUUCUCCUGUAGAAAACACUUGUGAUAAGUCAAUUCUCGAUGAGACCCCAUUAGACAAUGAGAUAAAUCAGGAUGUGUGCACGGUGCGAGAUUCAGCUGCCGAAGCUUCAUCACAUAGAAUUCAGAUUGGACUCUCAGAGGCUUUGUACUUACCGGAGAGGGAUUCAGAACAGGAAACAAUGGAGAUGCAGAGGGACUCACAGAAAGAUACAGAACAACAAGAGCAGACUGAUGAGGCAGAGACUGGAUUAUUAGAUGAAAUAAAGGAUGUCACAUCGUGUUUGGGAGUUGUGGAGGAAAUAAUGAGUGGACUGACAAAGGAAUCAGAGGAGAGUGAGAGGGAAUUAUUGAGAGAAAUCGAGGCUCCUGAAAGAAAAGGGCAUAAAAGUGAACUUGAAAGCCAUGAGGAAAUGUCCGAGAGCAACGUGAAUGAGGAAUCGCUGAAUGACGCAUGGGAACGUGACAAAGAACUGGUGGGAGAAAUAACAGAUAUUGAAACCGUGGUAGUUUCAACAGGUGAGGAGAUGGAGUCAGUGAAAAAAAUGGAAGAACCUAUCACAGAGGAAGAAAUGGAUACGUGUCAUCUAGUCUUUUCUGAAUCAGACGCGUCAAAGGAAAUUAGCAAAGAACAUGGAGAAUCAACAGUAGACAGUAAGGAAGAUGUGGAAGAAAGAGGCAGACUUGGACUGAAGAGAGGGGUUGAAAAAAUGGCAGGAGACAAUGACACGGACAAACCGUCCGUAUUAAAAGAUUUUUUACUUCCACCACAGGCUUCAUCCUUGGACUUUACAGUCCAGAAGUCGAAAAUCGCUGUGAAAAACCCUCUUGUUCGACCCCCUAAAGACCCUCGUAUGCUUAUAAACAUGGCUUCCGUAGAGCCCUUGACUCCUCCUCAGCCUUCACAGCCCAGCUUUCUAAAAAAGAGUCCUAUAGAAGGUGCAUCAGUACCAAAAGGUGUGAUUGGAUUCAAACUCCCUGGUCUGGCUGCUGGUUUCCCUGCACUGAGAAAAACUGAAGCUGGAAGAAAAAUAAGAGAUGGAGAGGAUUCAGAGAGUGUAACAUCACAGAAAUCCGACUCAGGCUCACAGUCAGCAGAGGAUAAUGUCAAGCAAGAGACAUCGCCUCCCAAACCAAAAUGGACACCACCAAGACAACCUGGGAUGGGCAGCCCCCUGAUGAUGGCAGAGCUGAAGAGCAAACUCAAAAAACCUACAAAAGAGUAAAAGAAAUUUACCAGAGGAUGAAUUAUGUUUAUUAUCUGUGCAGUGUAUAUAAAUUAGUGUUUAAAUGAGAUAUAAUGUAUGUUAAUAAUUAAAAUAUUUGUUUAAAAUGAGACCUUGCUGCGAUACAAGUUUUUAUUAUGAUCAGACAGAUAGACAGAUAGAUGAGCAGCAAGUUGUUUUUCCCUCUCUAUUUUCUGAAUGUAGGCAUUCUUGUUACUCUAGCAGAAAAAUCACAUUACAUCAAUGGAAAUCUCUUUUUAACAUCUGUUACAUCAUGAAAUAAUCCAAAUGGGGGAAAAAAUUGUGUAAUAGUUCAAGGGGUGAAUACUUAUGUAAUCCACUGUAGAUAGGCAGAUAUAGUAAAAGUUCAUUGAAGUACACACAGCUUAUAGAUCAUGAUUAAAUAGAUCUAGUAACAGGACGUGUCGGACAAAGUCCACCAGCAGUCCACACACACUUUCUCGCUAUAGUAUAAACUGGUUUGCUGGCUUUUUGAAGUGAUGUGUCGUCCUGGAACGAGUCGGUUCUUUUGGAUCAACGUUGAGAGCCGACUCGCAAAUGAAUCGUUUGGAUUUUUUAAACUGUAUUUUUAUUAUUAUUAUUAUUAUUAUUAUUAUUAUUUUAAAUAUGUAUUGUUUAAAUAAACUCGGACUACUUUUUACAA